AUGCCCCAUGCCAUGCUGGAGGCGAGCCAUCACGUUUGGCAGCAUCCGUAUUGCGUCCCUUCCUGCUCAUCAAUCCCUGCGCUCUCGGGUACGCCUGUCGUGAGCCGUCCUUACAGCUGUGAUACAUAACUAAAUCUUCCGUCAAUAAGUGACUGGUCAUCAAGUCGACAAGUCAACACGUCUGCCAGCGCCCUGCUCUCGACCAAGCAUCACUUAGCCCGAAUACACGACUCCUAUAAGCCGCCGCUGCCUGUCACCACUCGUCACGCUACUACAGCUCCAUAACCCGUCUGCCUGGUUGCCAUGCUAGCCUCGUUGAUCCAGCCUUUACAACUGCCCUCGCCCAACAAAGAUGUCUUUGGGUUAGAAACACAGAGCUCGCGCACAAGGAGCAUGGACAAACUCUUGCAUGACGUCGAAGGCCUCUUUGAGGCCCCUUUGCGUCCAAGAAGUCUGCAUGCCAUGUCAGAACAGCUCCAAACCGAGUUUUACACAAAGUUACAGUCGUCAAACAUAUGCAUGUUGCCGUCUUUCCACUACGCCUUGCCAACAGGCGCCGAGUCUGGCGAUUUCGUCGCUCUCGACGUCGGCGGCUCGACCUUUCGCAUCGCACUGGUACACCUCAGUGGCAAGAAAACAGCCAGAGAUGGAAUGGAAAUCAAAAGAAUGAAGAGCUUCGUCAUAGACGAGCCCAUAAGAGACCUCAAGGGAAAGGCUUUCUUCGACUGGAUGGCCACCAGAAUAGAGGAGGUACUUGGCCCAGACCAGAAAGCUGCGACUCCACUGUCCAUGGCCAUGUCAUGGUCGUUUCCUAUCGAGCAGACUUCCACGCGGACCGGGUGCAUCCUGACCAUGGGCAAAGGCUUUUGUGCUACCCAUGGCGUUGAAGGUCAAGAUCUCUACGAGCUUUUGAUGGAUUCUUGCAGACAUCGCAAUCUUCAAGUUCAGCUCCAGGCCAUCAUCAAUGACUCUUCAGCAACGCUGCUCUCACAGGCUUAUCGCGACCCUUCGACUCGCUUGUCGCUUAUACUGGGUACUGGCAUGAAUUCGGCUAUCUACUUACCUGUCUCCGCUCUGGCGCAGGAGAAGUAUGGAAACCGUUCAAAGAGCUGGCACGCGUCCGCUGAACACGUGCUCGUCAAUACCGAGCUCAGCAUGUUUGGAAAGGAUGUGCUACCAGUCUCGAGAUGGGAUCAAUAUCUCAAUGCCACCCAUGACCUCCCCGAUUUCCAGCCUCUGGAGUACAGGGUUAGCGGGAGGUAUCUUGGCGAGCUGGUCCGUCUUAUCCUCAUUGAAGCAAUCGAGACUGCUGAUUUAUUCUGUGGUAUGAUGCCUGCUAAGCUGCAGGAGCCGUACUCUUUGGAUACCGGGACGAUUGCUGUAUUUGAGAGCGACUCAUCCUCCACUCUAUCCUGUGCCGCAUCCGUCUUCACAUCUACGCAUCCUUUACCCGCAGGCCGCACGCCGUCGCCUAGAGACCUUCACUUCGUCAAACAAGUCAGUCGACUAGUAUCUGGUCGUGCAGCUGCCCUGGUCGCUACAGCGGUUCAUGCUCUCUGGUCGCUUCAACACGGCCUUGUGGAUCCGACAAGCACUACUCAAUCGCAGCUUGCACAUCAGGCUCGAGUGCGAGCAACAGUGGCCUGCAAUGGCACGGUGAUGGAGAAAUAUCCAGGUUUCCGCUCAAGGUGCCAGAGCUAUCUCGAUGAGCUGGCAGCAAUUAGUGGCCAGGCACGAGGGGCCAUCUCUAUUGAGAUGGCUCUGGAGAGCUCGGUGUUCGGUGCCGCUGUCGCCGCCGCCUCAGAAUCCGAAGCAUAGUAUUAGUGGACUGUCGCUCGGAAAACAAUUCUGUCUUUGAGCAGACCGCAUUUAAUGAAGGCGUUGUGGAUACAAGGAGCAUUUCCUGCAUUUGAUAUGCAGGUAGAGGUUUCACAUUUAGCCGAAGGGAUACAUUUGACAUUAGCGACUUUUUCUCUCAGAUCUCUACAAUAAUAACAAGAUGAAUACUCAGAACACC